AUGGGAGACCGCAGCAGGUCACCGCAUAGACAGGGCAAGUUCUGGCGAGUGCUUGUGAGCGAUGGUCAGGACCGCCAGCCUGUCAGAAUCUACGAACAUCAGAUGGGUUCCGAAAAAGAUGUUGAAGACUUUCUGGCAGCAGUGAAAAAGGCUGAGGGUUUAGAUGGAGCGGUGCUGAGCCAGAUGAGACUUUUCAGGAAUGCCGACAAUGCGGAUUCACAACAGGCAGAGGCAUUCGAGACAUCCAUGAGUGAAAUCCCCAGCCACCGCGAGAAUGUCCUCAUUGUCACAUAUAGAAUGAAGAAUGUCGCAGCACCAGAGGUUGACCUUGCCGCCACCAUCCGGCAGUUCGCUGACAGCCAAGACAAACGCCUAGACAUACUGCAGAGGCAGUUCGCUGACAGCCAAGACUUGGCGAGUGCGGCCUUUCAAGCGAUGCUUACGCCAGAUCUUGCGCAGUCAACCAAAGUACGCGACCCCAAGUUUCGCGAGAAUGUUGCUGAGUACCAGGGCUACAAUCAGAAUGCACCUUGUGCUGUCCUCAGCCAACGAUUCCCUGGCACGUUUGAGUACUGGCGAGAACACGGGAUCUUGAUUUUCCCGUCUGUUGCUGAUCACAUCUACUCGCACAAGAACUUCGGCAACUUCAAGACCUUAGGUUUUCACCGUGACGAUGUCAAGAACGGUAUGUUGCUCUUCAAGGACGUUGAGGAGAGGGCCGGAAAUGGUGAGUUGUCGUUUUUGCCUGUGCAGGUCUUGCCAGAUGAGAUCAUCCUGCAAGUUCACGUGUCAGAGCAGAUCCGGGAUGUCUAUGUACAAUACAGAGACCCCGGGCACAAGAAACAGUUCGGCGACUAUCCUAUGGUUUUCGCUUGGGAGUCUGCGUAUGGUGUGUGUCCUGACGAGCCACAUCCUAUUCGAUUUGGGGAUCUUCAUGACUUCCAGUUCAGAAUGAAGCGACCUCAUCUUCGGGCCCUAUUCUGGAAAGCCAAGAUGGCCCAUGAUGCCUUCAACGACCUACCAGAUCCUUUCCAGCACGUCGACGUCUUUAGAGAGUGCGAGUCUUUGAUGGACAAGCUCGGAAAAGCCGACGUUGACAAGCUGUGA